AUGCACAUUAGGACAAACAAAGCUUCACAGAACAAAUUAUCAUCGAACCAGUCUACUCAGCCGCUUUCCAACUCCCAAUAUGGCAUUCAAGUGCUCCCUGACGAAAGUCUUCUGCACAUUGCCUCCCAUCUGGACCCAAGGUCACUCUACUUCCUCGCCCAAGUCAGUCGCUACUUCAAUCGACUCGUGAGCGAUGACCAUACCUGGCAUCGAGCUUUUCUCUGCCAGUAUUUCGGCAUCAGUCCCGAAGCAGACUUGAAUGACGCAAAAUGUCUCCUCUUGAGGCGUUCUAGCGCCUCCUGGAAGUUAGAGUUCACUCGUUACUACAUCCUUCGCAGACGAUGGGAACGGUCGCGAAAUGCAACUACGACCCACAUACCACUUCACUCAGCCAUCUCUAGCAUGCAUCUGAUGCCUUCCCAUGGUCUGAUCUCUUCAUCUCUCCGAUACGGAGUCGUAGCUCGUAGUCUUCCAUUCACGGGUCGGGUCCUUCGGGGUUUCCUCGAUGCUUCUGGGAGUGGCACUGGUCUCGGCAUCGGAAAUCCAAAUACUGAAUUCUCUCCCAAUGUCUCUGCUUGUUCAUUGGCCUCGGAUGGCGGAACAGCGAAGAUUGCAUGGGGCUUUCGCAAUGGCGAGGUUGCUUUCACCUCCGCAAACAAGGCCAUGGAUACUGCAAGUCGUUCCGCAGCCAAAUUUACUAGAUGCUCUGUGGAAGACGCUCAUCAUGGAGCCGUCUCUGAGGUUAUCUGGGACGGCAGUCUAGUCGCGUCAACGGGAAGUGACGGCAAAGUCAAACUUUGGGAUCCCAAGCAAGGCCGUUGUCUGUGGACAUCCGCAGGAUCAAUUGUGCAGGAAGAGUGUAUCAGGAUUGCUGCUGCGAUUGACCAAGGCAUCAUCGCUGCUGCUUAUGACAGCGGUACUAUCUCUGUCUGGUCUGGAAUUUCGGUCAGCCAAUCCCCUGGUUCGGUGUCCAGCGUCACGAUUCCGGCCCCAAUGGACGAUUCCGCCCCGCAUUCUGUUUCUGGUCUCUAUAUCGAUCGUAAUCGGGUGUUACUUGCCUCAUUUGUGGACUCAAUCUUCUUCUAUCGUUUCCACAUCGACCCCACCACCAAUGCCAUCAAUUGCACUAAAUUUGGUGAUGCAGCAUUGGGAUCUAUCACGACGAUAACUCCUUUUUUCGCGGAAAAAGCAGGGGAACCGAGCCUCGUCAUUACAGGCACCCAAUUGGGCUGCAUUGCUAUCUAUGACUGGUCCCAGUCAAUUAGCCCACUACCGACCUACAAAUUUGAGGCAUACGCAGACGGAACCAGCGUCACUGCUUUGGCGUGGAAUGGUCUCACCCUCGUUACGGGAUGUGCCCAAGGGACAACCAGAAUUUUCGAUGCGCUGACUCUUGAAUAUCUGCGCUCAUUUCCUUCGCCUAUUCCUCGUCGCCGAACCGCCCCUGCAUUUGCUGGUGGACCGCUCGCAGAAGACCCCGCUGUCAAACAAAUUCUUCUCGGUUCAGAACGCGAUGUUCUAUUUGUUGCCGUUGGAGAUCGUGUCGUCGCGUGGCGUGCGGGACCUGUACCGAAAGGAGGGUAUCGCUCACCCGCCAAGAGCCUCUCUGGGAAGAAACGGGAGAGAGGGGACGCAAACUCCAAGGCUUACCAACACAUAGAGAUGCGCCAAGCAAUUAGUGACUCGAAAUAUCUCCUCGCAGAUGAAGGUCGUCACUCUCAGCGAGCAUAUGGCCGCGAACGCGAGCAACGGGCCCAACUCGACACAUUGGGCUUGAGCGAAGUCGAAGCGGUUGAAUAUGUGCUUAUGUUGAGCCGUGAAGACGCAAUUGAACGGGCUUCUCAUCAAAGUCAGCCUCUAGACGAGGGCGAAUGGGACACAAGUCGGUCUUCAUCAUCCACUGCUUCGUCGUCUCCAUCUCCUUCAACAUCGCGUGGCCAACCAAUCAUGAUUCCCCGUGCAUCCAAUUCAAGCUCGAAGGUUCAGGUUUCUCCGCCUGAGUCGAUUGAGGCAUUCCUUCAAUCGGCGACUUCUGACACUGUCGGCAACUUCCCCCAGAUCGGCGGCAGCAUUAGUCCUCCCAGAAGUGGCGCGAAAAAGUCCGCUUGGAGUACGCCGUUGACGACUUCACCUGUGGUCAGUCCGGCGAACUCUGAUGGUGUUACGUCCUCAGCAGCCAAUACCAGUAGGAAGGAGGACGAAAUGGAUGACGACCUCCAACUUGCCAUUGCACUCAGUUUAUCCCAGAUGAAAUAA